AUGGCGUUCCUCACUCGCUUGCUCCAUUUUCUGCUGCUGUCGCUGAUCGCCUGCGCUGCUCUCGCGGCCCCGACUGCCGAUCAGUCUGAUGCCACCAACUCGGUUGUCAGCGAUUCGACUUCCCACGGGUAUCUCAGUAGCUUCGAGGACAAGGCCUUGCAUCUGUAUGAAAAGUUCCGUCACGGAGUUUUUCAUUCCGAAGAUGACGCCGCCCAGGCUGAGGAGGAAGAUGCUGCACUGUCCAGCCGCGCCAACCUCGCCAAGAGACAGGCUGUGAGCAAUUCGACGAGUGCUGCAGAAACCAGCCAGGCGACGGAACCUGCCGCGACGUCGGCGACUGCUGCUGCUGCCACUACCCAAGCGGAGAGCUCUGCCAGCAGUGCUGACUCGACCUCGGCCGAACCCACCUCCGCUGCGACCACCGCGGCCGCUACCACCGCGCAUACAACCGCCGUGCAGACUACAUCUAGCUCUAGCAGCAGUGAAUCCAGCUCUAGCAGCAGUGAGUCGAGCUCUAGUAGCAGUGAGUCUAGCUCCUCGUCCACGUCUCCUGUCACCACCACCUCCUCCACCUCCACCACUUCCUCUUCUACUACUUCUUCUUCUUCGUCGUCGUCGACGUCGACCUCUUCGACUUCAUCGACUUCGUCCAGUGCGUCUUCUUCCUCUUCAUCCACCUCGUCUUCUACUACCUCUGCCUCUACAUCUUCAUCCACGUCUUCUUCUUCGUCCUCCUCUCACACUCGGACAGCUUCUUCCUACCACCACUGUGCCUGCCACCACCACCUCUUCGACUUCGUCCACUUCCAGCUCGACCUCGUCGACCGCGCAGUCAACCACCAUGCACACCACGAGCUCCACGACGCAGGAUACUACCAGCACGACCAGCUCGACUAG